AUGUCUCCUGAUCAUUCCCUCACUGUCGACAAGCCAUUGAUAAACUGCAAUUGCACCCUGGGCGAAGGCCCGCUGUAUGACGAUUCUACUGCUACACUACAUUUCGUCGAUAUAGUCGAGAAGCGGGUCCUGCACUUUAACACAAUUACCAAGGAGCUCCAAGUCGACCAGUAUAACGAGGCCGUGUCGUGCCUUGCUCUUCGCCAUGAUGGUCAGGGCCUAGCGUGCGCUGCCGCACAAGGUUUUGCCCUGAUCGAUCCUCAAACCCGCGAACUCACCUACGUCAGCAAACCUCUUCCACCAGAUCAGGUAAAUUUUGUUAGGUUCAACGACGGCGCAUGCGACAGGUCCGGACGUUUCUUCGCCGGGACUGUGUGCUCGAAGGACCCGCAGAUACCUGGGCAAUUGUAUCGGUACGACCCGAGUAGUGGUACGGCAACUCUCGUCGAUGCGGGUCCGUUUACCGACUGUAAUGGUUUGGGUUGGAGUGCCGAUGAGAAGACGAUGUACCUGACGGAUUCCUUGGUGAAUCGAAUUUAUGCGUAUGAUUACAAUGAUGGCGUCCUUUCGAACAAACGCCUUUUCGUUGAUACCUUAGCACUUGGACUCCCGAAAGGGACUUAUCCUGACGGUCUAUGCAUUGAUAGCGAAGGUUGUGUCUGGAGUGCUCGCUGGGGAGGCUCAAAAGUAGUGCGGCACUCAGCAGAUGGGUCUUCUAUACUAUUUGAAAUUCACUUCCCUACUGCGCUCAAUAUCACCGCCUGCUCCUUUGGAGGGGUCCAGAACGAUCAACUUUUCGUAACCACAGCGCACUGCGGAGCGAUAGGCGGAGACGCGUCGAGACAACAGCAAUUUCCCGACUCCGGUAAUGUCUUUCAGGUUGAUUUAUCCGGUCGAUUUAAGGGAGGGCAAUGGCGGUACAAAUUUGCGCAGUGA